CAUGUGCGCCCAGGGCUGCUGCAGUCAUCCUCCAACCUGCAACAUGUGAUAUUAAGGGCUGUAGUGCGAACAGCACGUGUGACAUGACUACUGGAGUGCCCACCUGUGUUUGCGACUCUGGUUUCGUGCUGCAGUCGGAUGGCAGGACGUGCAUCGAUGCCUGCUAUUUCAAGCGUUGUGGUGCAAACGGCACCUGUGUCAAGAACGGUGGAGUGGCCUCGUGUGUGUGUGACUCUGGUUUCGUGCUGCAGUCGGAUGGCAGGACGUGCAUCGAUGCCUGCUAUUUCAAGCGUUGUGGUGCAAACGGCACCUGUGUCAAGAACGGUGGAGUGGCCUCGUGUGUGUGUGACUCUGGUUUCGUGCUGCAGUCAGAUGGCAAGACGUGCAUAGAUGCCUGCAUUGUUCAGGGCUGUAGUGCGAACGGCACCUGUGUCAAGACCAAUGGAGUGGCAUCCUGUGUGUGUGACUCUGGUUUCGUGCUGCAGGCUGACAACAAGACGUGCACUGAUGCCUGCAAGAUCCAGGGCUGUGGGGCGAACAGCACCUGUGUCAAGACCAAUGGAGUGCCCUCCUGUGUGUGUGACUCUGGUUUCGUGCUGCAGGCUGAUGGCAGGGCGUGCGUUGAUGCCUGCAAGAUUCAGGGUUGUGGUGCGAACAGCACCUGUGUGAAGACUGAUGGAGUGCCAUCCUGUGUUUGCAACUCUGGUUUCGUGCUGCAGGCUGAUGGCAGGACGUGCAUUGAUGCCUGCAAGAUUCAGGGCUGUCGUACUUACAGCACCUGUGUCAAAACCGAUGGAGUGGCCUCCUGUGUGUGUGACUCUGGUUACGUGCUGCAGUCGGAUGGCAGGACGUGCAUCG